AUGGCCGACACCAAGCCCCCUGGGGCGCCCGCCGCUGCCUCAGCGGCCGCAGCAGCAACCUCCGCAGCAGCAACCUCCGCAGCUGCCAACUACAAAGCCGCUCCCCCCAACCCUGCUCUGCAGAUGAUGGGCUUUGGAAUGUUGCCCAAGAAACUUCCAUCGCGCAAUUGGUUGAUCUUCUGGGCCAUUACAGGCUCGUUCUCGGCCGCCAUCAUAUACGACAAGAGGGAGAAGAAGCGCGCCACUGCGAGGUGGAGCAGAGCCGUAUCGCACUUGGCCAAGGAGCCCGUUCACAGCCCGACACAACUCCCCAGGAAACUCACCAUCCUCCUUGAAAGCCCGCCCAACGAUGGAUUGAGGGUCGCUCAGGACCACUUCACCGAGUACAUGAAGCCCAUCCUGGCUGCCUCUGGCCUCGACUGGGAGUUCAUCCAGGGUCGCAAGGAAGGCGACGUCAGGGCGGCUGUUGCCGAGAAGAUAAGGCGCACGCGACGACUACAAGAAGGCGUCAUCAGCGAUGAGGGCCAAGAGCCGACCGGCGAAGAGAUAGUCAAAGGCAUAAGGGAAAGGAACGCGACGCCGGAGUGGGCCGGCAUCAACGGCGAUAUUGUCGUCGGCCGGCAUACGUGGAAAGAAUACAUCCGAGGUCUACAUGAAGGCUGGCUGGGACCGUUAACAGCUCCUCCCGUUCCGGAGGUGGCCAAGCUUGAGAAGCCUGUCGAGUCUAGUGACGGCACCGAAGAGACGAAGGAAGGGGAAAAGAAGGAGGAGGAAAAGACAGAGGAGGAAAAGAAGCCCGAAAGGCCACCGCAACCUUUACCAUACAACACCACAAACGACUACGACACUUCAAGCCUCCCCAGACAAAUACCUUCCGAGUUCUCACCUUCAGUACCGAUUGCUUUCCCUCAUCUUCUUGGAUUCACAAAUACAUUUAUUCGCCUCGGCCGAUUCCUGAAUCGUCGUCACCUGGCUGACGAGGUCGGACGUGAAGUCGCUGCCGUCUGCCUGGGACAUGCCAGAGAGUACCGCGAAGAUGCAGUCGGUGAAGAGCCCGAACUGAAAGCUGUAUUGGAGCACGAGGAGAAGGACUGGCAUAAGUCUGUAUGGAAGGAGGAGAAGCCCAAGGAGGGUGAAGUAGUCGGUGCGACGCCCGCUCCUGAGAAGAUCUGGAUCAGUCCCAUUGUCGUUGACUCGAGGUUAUCGCAGCGUAUGCGACGUUUUGAAUUAUCGCCCGAGGAUGAGGCCCGCGCACGAGAGAUCGUGGUACCAGAAGAAGAUGUUGAAGGCUGGCUCAAGGGCAGCUUCAGAAGUCUAUACCGGUGGGCGGUUUCGCCUGCUCCGCCAAGAAUGUACUCCUCAGACGACGACGAAUGA